UUUCUUUUCGUUUUGUACACUCCGCAAACAUGGGUCGUAUGCACGCUCCCGGAAAGGGUAUUUCCCAAUCCGCUCUUCCUUACCGCCGUUCAGUGCCAUCAUGGCUUAAAUUAAAUGCUGAUGAUGUUAAAGAACAAAUCAAGAAAUUGGGGAAAAAAGGAAUGACACCAUCACAGAUCGGUAUUAUUCUUCGUGACUCUCACGGAGUUGCACAAGUUCGUUUUGUAAACGGAAAUAAAGUUCUCCGCAUCAUGAAAGCAGAAUGA